CACCCAUGUGUUACUUUUUCUUGUCUUUAAUCCCUUGCCAUUAAGUUUACGCAUCGGACUUGAUCAUAAAACUUAAAAUUGAUAUAAAAGUUGCUAAAGGGAUUGAUUAUAGGAGCCAUGGCCACGCCAUUGAGUGACCACGAAAAGAGAAAACAGAUCAGCGUCCGUGGCAUUGCAGAACUGGGUGAUGUCUCAGAAAUUAAGAAAAGCUUCAAUAGGCAUCUUCAUUUCACUCUGGUUAAAGAUCGCAAUGUUGCUACCCCACGAGACUACUACUUCGCUCUUGCCCAUACGGUCAGGGACCAUCUUGUAGGGCGAUGGAUCCGCACACAGCAAUAUUAUUACGAGAAGGACCCAAAGAGGAUCCACUACUUGUCUCUGGAGUUCUAUAUGGGUCGGACCCUUCAGAACACCAUGAUCAAUCUGGGCCUGCAGAAUGCCUGUGAUGAGGCUAUAUACCAGCUGGGAUUGGAUUUGGAGGAACUGGAGGAGAUAGAAGAAGAUGCUGGGCUGGGGAAUGGAGGACUGGGCCGCCUUGCAGCUUGUUUCCUGGACUCCAUGGCCUCCCUAGGACUGGCUGCCUACGGCUAUGGCAUCCGCUAUGAGUUUGGCAUCUUCAACCAGAGGAUCAGCAAUGGCUGGCAGGUGGAGGAGGCAGAUGAUUGGCUUCGCUAUGGUAACCCAUGGGAGAAAGCCCGCCCUGAGUAUAUGCUACCUAUUCACUUUUAUGGCCAAGUAGAACACACAGCAGAGGGAAUGAAGUGGGUGAACACCCAGGUCAUCUUAGCCAUGCCCUAUGACACUCCUGUGCCUGGAUACAAGAACAACACAGUUAACACCAUGAGACUGUGGUCUGCCAAGGCUCCCAAAGACUUCAACCUGCAGGAGUUCAAUGUUGGAGACUACAUUCAAGCUGUGCUGGACCGUAACCAGGCAGAAAACAUCUCCAGGGUCCUCUACCCAAAUGACAACUUCUUUGAAGGAAAGGAGCUGCGGCUCAAGCAGGAGUACUUUGUGGUGGCCGCCACACUCCAGGACAUCAUCCGCCGCUUCAAGUCCUCCAAGUUUGGCUGCAGAGACCCCGUCAGGACCUCCUUCGACACCUUCCCCGAGAAAGUGGCCCUGCAGCUGAAUGACACCCACCCUGCCCUGGCCAUUCCAGAGCUGAUGAGGAUCCUGGUGGAUGUGGAGAAGCUGGACUGGGACAAAGCUUGGGAGAUCACGGUCCAGACGUGUGCUUACACCAACCACACGGUGCUGCCCGAGGCCCUGGAGCGCUGGCCCGUCUCCAUGUUUGAGACGCUGCUGCCCCGACACCUGCAGAUCGUCUACGAGAUCAACCGACGCCACCUGGAGAGGAUAGCCGCCAUGUUCCCAGGAGACAACGACCGGCUGAGGAGGAUGUCCCUGAUCGAGGAGGGGGACCCCAAGAGGAUCAACAUGGCCCAUCUGUGUGUGGUGGGCUCCCACGCUGUCAACGGGGUUGCUCGCAUACACUCCGAAAUAGUUCAGCAGACUGUUUUCAAGGAUUUCUUCGAGGUAGAACCUGAGAAGUUCCAGAACAAGACCAAUGGGAUCACCCCUCGCCGGUGGCUCAUGCUGUGCAACCCUGGCCUGGCUGAUAUUAUUGUUGAGAAAAUUGGGGAAGGCUUCAUGACAGACCUGUUCCAGCUAAGGAAGCUGCUCGACUUCAUCAAUGACGAAGCGUUCAUUCACAGUGUGGCCAAGGCAAAGCAGGAGAACAAACAGAAGUUUGCAGCCUACCUACAGGAGAAAUACAAGGUCAAAAUCAACCCAGAGUCCAUCUUUGAUGUCCAGGUCAAGAGGAUCCACGAGUACAAGAGACAACUUCUCAACUGUCUGCACAUCAUCACCUUCUAUAACAGGAUUAAAAGGGAACCCAGCAAGCACUUUGUUCCCAGGACAGUGAUGAUCGGAGGAAAGGCUGCACCUGGCUACCACAUGGCCAAGGAUAUUAUCAAGCUAAUCACGUCGGUGGGCCAGGUGGUCAACAAUGAUCCCAUUGUUGGGGACAGGCUCAAGGUCAUUUACCUGGAGAACUACCGAGUAUCUCUGGCUGAGAAAGUGAUCCCUGCAGCUGACCUAUCAGAGCAGAUCUCCACGGCGGGCACAGAAGCCUCAGGCACAGGCAACAUGAAGUUCAUGCUGAACGGUGCCCUCACCAUCGGCACCAUGGACGGUGCUAACGUGGAGAUGGCAGAGGAGGCUGGUGAGGAGAACCUCUUCAUCUUCGGCAUGAGAGUGGAGGAUGUGGAGGCCAUGGACAAGAAAGGGUACAAUGCCAGAGAGUAUUACGAGCGUCUGCCAGAGCUGAAGCAGGCCAUGGACCAGAUCCAGACUGGCUGCUUCAGUCCUGAGGAGCCUGGUCUCUUCAAGGACGUAGUCAACAUGCUGAUGAACCACGACAGGUUCAAAGUGUUUGCUGAUUAUGAGGCCUACAUCGAGUGCCAAGAUCGGGUCGGUGAACUGUACAGGAACCCUAAACAAUGGACUAAGAUGGUAAUCCAGAACAUUGCUUGUUCCGGUAAGUUCUCCAGCGACCGCACCAUCUCUGAAUACGCCCGGGAGAUUUGGGGUGUCGAACCCUCCAGCGUGAAGAUCCCGCCCCCCAACGAGCCUGCCAUCGAAUCCAGUCGCUGAGAAGCUGCUGGCGCUCCCAUUCGUCAGAACUCCCACCAGUCACGUCUCUACCAGUCUGGUCUUCAUCAGGCUGACUUCAUCAUGCAGCUAAUCCCUUCCAGCCCUCUGUGACAUUGCUUGUAAAAACAGCUAUACAGAUAACAUGUUAUUUGAUUUACAUCAGAGGGGACUGGAAGGGGACAUUUUCUUCGUUUCACUCCUUAUUUUACUUGAACAGUACCACUUGAGUCUGUGCCCAACGGACCAGUGAGACAGGCUAACUUGCUGACUCAAAGCAGUCAACCAAAAACUCCUUAGGCCACACAGACCAUUAGGACCUCUCCACUUUUAUUGUGUAUGUACUGUAGUUUUCUGCUACUGAUGGGACUUUUAUUGCGGGGGAACAACCUCGUUUUUAAGCAUCCCUAUCGAAACGUUUAAUGUAUGACUCAGUUGCAUAAAAUGCUUACUGUGAAGUUCCUGGUUAUCAGUGGACCAGUAUUUAUCAUGAUGUUCCUGCUCUCUGUUCUUCAUACUGGUUAAUGGGCUGUGACAAAAUGUGCCAUGUUCAUCUUUUUUGUAUAUUUGUAAUGUAAAGGAAUUUCCAUCUGUUGGCCAUUCUCAGUGACUUGUCACAACAUCCUGCAUUCUAUAGAGACUACAUUGGAGUGGCUGACAUUGUGUCACGUGACCCAUGUAUGCAUGUGGAGGAAUGGCUAUAUCCACAUUUAGGUGUGACAGUGAGCUAUACUGGAAUACUGUAUGUUCAUUUAAUUGAAACAUAAAACAUGUCAUAUUCAGAAUACCUUCUCCUUAAAGAACAAUGUUUUCAUCUGCGAAAGAUUGAAGUGAUGUGGCGAUCAACCAGAUUGUUAUAAAAUAAAGACUUCUGCACUUAC